AUGCUAACAUUAAUUUUAAUUGAAUCACAGCCCCUUAAAUCAGAUGAUCAUGUUAAUAUUGCUGCCAAUGGACACACGCUUCAAAUAAAGGAAGCUCAAAUAUCAGACACUGGACGAUAUACUUGCGUGGCAUCUAAUAUUGCAGGUGAAGAUGAGCUGGAUUUUGAUGUGAAUAUACAAGUUCCUCCAAGUUUUCAGAAACUCUGGGAAAUGGGAAACAUGCUGGAUACCGGCAGGAGUGGAGAAGCCAAGGAUGUGAUCAUCAACAACCCCCUUUCUCUCUACUGUGAGACAAACGCUGCCCCUCCUCCUACGCUGACGUGGUACAAAGACGGCCGUCCUCUGGCCUCGAGUGAUAGAGUAUUGAUUUUACCAGGUGGGAGAGUGCUGCAGAUUCCCCGGGCUAAGGUAGAGGAUGCCGGGAGAUACACGUGUGUGGCUGUGAAUGAGGCUGGAGAAGAUUCCCUUCAGUAUGACGUCCGGGUCCUCUUGCCGCCGGUUAUCAAGGAAGCAAACAGUGAUCUCCCUGAGGAGGUCACCGUGCUGGUGAGCAAGAGCGUGCGGAUGGAGUGCUUGUCGGGCGGCAGCCCCGUACCGAGGAAUUCCUGGCAGAAAGACGGUCAGCCCUUGCUGGAAGAUGAGCAUCAUAAAUUUCUGUCCAAUGGAAGAAUUCUGCAGGUAAAAGUAAAAACAUCUGACUUUAAAAUACCCGCUAGACUUUGUAUUUUAUAA